AUGUGCGUGUAUAUAGGAAACGACUCGCAGACAUUUCUUGUGGAAUCAGUAACUCAUUCCGUGAACAGUCGAGAACCGGGCAGAAUAGAUGCACACGCUGGCUACUAUGGGCAAGCUGUAUGCUUCGUUGCUUUCAUGUUUGGAUGUCUUUUUACACCUUCGCUGUUACCUCUACUCUCCGCCAAAUGGGCACUUUUUCUUAGUUCCCUCUGCUGGACAGCCUAUCAUGCUAGUUUCUUCUAUUUGAAUAGUUAUUUAUAUUACUUCUCCUGUACCCUGAUUGGAUUUGGGUUUGCGUUGUUUUUCACUGGCUAUGGCGCAUAUUUGACAGCGCAUUCAACGAGAAAAACAAUAGAACAGAAUUCGGCAAUAAUGUGGUCUGUAGGAAAUUUGUGCUUAUUCUUCUCUUCUGCUUUGUUACUACUUAUCCUCUAUUUCAACGAGUCAGCAAAAAAGACAACGGACAAUGUCACAAACUCCACUCUGAAUGGCGUGGAAUCUGCAAAAUCGCGCGAAUUUACCGACAGCGAUAUUAGGCUGAUGUAUGGGGUAUUCAUGGUUGUUACUAUCUGCUCAAAUAUUAUUUUUGCGCUGAUGCCAUCCAAAGAUCUUCAAAACUGCAUCGAGGGAGGAAAGCCGAAAAGAGUGAUGUCUUUUGCAGCGGAAAUGAUGGGUGUUUUGAUCACCAUUGGCUCCCACAGAGUCAAGGAUUUUGGUCUUUCGCCAACUAUGCUCCUAUCAACAGUGGCAACAUUCCUAGCACUUUUCACUAUAACUGCAUCGGUGCCUGAGUGGGCAACAAUCACACCAACUAAUGACUCGCCAUGGUUAAUCCAGUCAAGUAUCUGGCUGACAUUGCUGGUGGCCAUACUCUUUGGUGCAAUUGAUUCAGCAACGAAUACAGUGCGAAAUGUUGCUUGUGCUCUCGUCAUGCCUGAGGCACGAGCGCAAGUGUUUGCCAUCUCAAAAUUCUAUCAGGGUCAACAAGCUUUGAAUUAUUACAGUAUCUUGCUGACAUUGCUGGUGGCCAUACUCUUUGGUGCAAUUGAUUCUGCAACGAAUACAGUGCGAAAUGUUGCUUGUGCUCUGGUCAUGCCUGAGGCACGAGCGCAAGUGUUUGCCAUCUCAAAAUUCUAUCAGGUACGCUAUACUAUAAAAUAUCAAACGCCCUUGUGA